AUGCGGCAUCGACCGUGUGUAUAUUUAUUCGCCGGGCACACGGUUUGUGUUGUACGAGCUAAAAUGACCGUUGAGCCGAGCUGUGUCGCUUCGUGUGCCGGUGGAAAGUGGCGGUUGGCUAGCUCAUGCUAAAGCUAAAAGCCAGCCUCGGCAGUGAGCUGCCUGCUGGAAAAUAAAUAAAUAAAUUAAAUAAAUAAAUAAAUAAAUAAAGCGAUGAACUUUAAACGCAUUGCGGUGGUUCAAUGUGACACCCUGCUGUGUGCAAGCCAGCGCCGAGCAAACGCAAUUACAUGUGCGUGUUUUAAAUGUAAAUAUGUGUUCGACAGCUGGAUCUAAAGUUAGUUUAAUGGUAAAGUUUGAUUUUACUUUCUCUCUGUGUCCCCUCCUGUUGAGGGGAGACAUCCACUGAGGGAUCAAUAAGUGGCUUUACACCUACAGCAGUUGUAGUUAAAUGCACAAAUGUUUAAAGACAAACACAGAAACGGUGUUUAAUAUUCCGCUGCUGCAAACAACAGUUAUUUUAAUGAAGGAUUCAUCAGUGGAUGCUUUUUCUAACUCAUCAUUUAGUGUGUAGAAAUGCUCAUUGCAGCACUACAACGGAGCUGCAGUGUUGAGAACAUGCCGAUUACUUUUACUAAUUAAUAGAUUAUCUGGUCGGUAUGUCAUUGCAGGAAAUAGUGAAACAUUUAAGUUGCAAUCUCAAUCUCCUUCACCCCAAACUGACUCCAAAAGUUGCUUGUUUGGUUUGACCAACAGUCCAAAAUCCAAAUAAAUGUACUUUUUAAUCACGUAAAACAAAGAAAAGCACAAUUAAGAAGAUGGAAUAAAGACAUUAGUUGGUAUUUUUGCUUGAUGAGAGUAAAAAGAUAAAUGGACUAGGUCAAAACCCUCUCUGACUGUGCUGGAGGAUGGACCCUGUAGUGCUGAGCUACCGGGAUAGCCUGCUGCGGCGAUCUGAUGUGUCCUUACUGGAAGGACCUCACUGGCUCAAUGACCAAGUCAUCGGUUUUGCCUUUGAGUACUUUGCUGCUGAGCGCUUCAGAGUCCUGGGGGAGACCAUCAUCUUCAUCAGCCCGGAGGUCACCCAGUUCAUCAAGUGUGCUUCUUGCCCCGAUGAGUUAGCCCUGUUCCUGGAGCCGCUGGAUCUUGCGUCUCGUCGCUGGGUCUUCCUAGCUGUUAACGACAACUCCAACCAGACGGCCGGAGGAUCCCACUGGAGCCUCUUGGUCUACCAUCACAACUCCAACCACUUUGCCCACUAUGACUCUCAGAACGGCAGCAACUCGCUGCACGCGCGGCGCAUCGCCAGCAAGUUGGAGCCUUUCUUGGGCGCGGGGAGGAAAGCGCUGUUCGUGGAGGAGCCCUGCCCAUCGCAGAAGAACAGCUAUGACUGCGGCAUGUACGUUAUCUGCAUCGCCGAGGCCUUAUGUGAGAAGGCCAGAGUGGAGGGCUCGCCACGCCUUCCCGUGCAAAUCAUCACACCAGCCUACAUCACCCAGAAGAGGGCUGAAUGGUGCAGACUGAUCCAGAGUCUAGCUCAGAGUGACCUCUGCUGCGCUCUGUCUUUUCCUUAGCACGUCGAUUGCCCCUCGCUAUAUGCAGAACAGCUGUCAGCCUCUACAUAUCUACUGCUGGAGCAUCUGAAUGCACUCCUUGAAUACAGUAUACACCUAAUAUAUAUAUAUAUAUAUAUAUAUGAAGUAUAUUUCUAUUUCAGUCUCUCCAUAAUAGAAACAAGUGUAAAAAGAUAACGGCAGUGCUACGAAUCUUUUAAUGACUCAUUGAACACUCGGUGUCGUGUUUAUCCCUUGUAUAUGCACUGCAAAAUACAAUAUGUAAACAAGAACACCAGCAUGCCUAUAAAAGGAAUUUACUCCCGUGUACAUAUUUAGUAAGGAUGGCGAAUAUGUCAUGAGGAAGAGGAGGCACAGACUUUAUUAUUUCUUUUCUCCAUUGUUUUAGUUUGGAGCGAAUGUAGAAAUGUUUACACGGAUUAUUGCUCAGGGUCAUUUUUAAAUGAACUAGGAUUGACAAUAAGAAUGUGCAUCUUAAUCCUGGCUCCUACUUCGUGUCACAUCUGUUCUGGUCACGUUCUCGGUUUCUCAGUUUUCACAACAAAAAAAGGUUUUGAAUCAUUUUAAUGCACUGUGUGUUUAUGGGACAAAGGGCAAUGUCGAGUGGUGGAAUGUAUGUCAUAUUCUCACAAGAAGCAAGUAUAUCAAACUUAUUCUCUGUUGAUCUAAUAAAUUUAACUGUUGUCACAUUUUUGUUGACAAAAUGGUAAA